GUGUGCUGUGGACCGAGGCGAAGAAGGGCCUUGACUGGGUUUGUGCGGGAUGUCCUGCAAACCAACACCACUCCCUGUUUGAUGUGUUGGGAAGAGUUGCGCUCCUUGGUGCCGUGAGCGUGGGGUCGUCGAUCGAUCACCGGACGGCCAGAUCUCCCUCCUCCUCAUUGCUUUGCCUCCGCUGGGAAGCUGAAGCCCUUGUUGUGGAAACCCCGGUUCCUCUUCCCCGGCAUGUCGGAGAGCUGGCCGCAGCCGCCGCCGCAGCAGCCUCCCCCGCAGCAGCAGCAGCCUCCCCCGCAGCCGCCCCCUCACCAUGCCGGGGCGGCCACCCUGCCGGAGCACCCGAUCCCUUCAAAUGCCGUAGCAGAGAAUGCCCUGGGUUGUGCCGUCUACGGCAUCCUGCUCCAGCCGGAGCCCAGCGGCCUGCAGCACCACCCUCCGCUCCCGGCGGGCGGAGGAGAGCCCUCCCCCAAGUGCGGGGUCUGCGGGCAUGAUUUGGGGCACCUCUCCAACCCGCAGGAGCACCAGUGCCUGGCGGGGGGCCACGACCGCUCCUUCCAGUGCACCCAGUGCCUGAAGAUCUUCCACCAGGCCACUGACCUCCUGGAGCACCAGUGCCUGCAGGUGGAGCAGAAGCCCUUCGUCUGCGGCGUCUGCAAGAUGGGCUUCUCCCUGCUCACCUCCCUGGCCCAGCACCACAACGUCCACAACGGCGCCACCGCCGUCAAGUGCUCCAUUUGUGAGAAGACCUACAAGGCGGCCGCCGCCACCGCUGCUUCGGCCCCCGAGGAGCCUGCCCCGCCGCAGCAGCCGGCCUCGCUCAACCGGGGCCCCAUUGCCGCGGCCGAGAAGCCCUACAGCUGCUCCAUCUGCCAGAAGCCCUUCAAGCACCUCUCGGAGCUGUCGCGGCACGAGCGGGUGCACACCGGGGAGAAGCCCUACAAGUGCAGCCUGUGCGACAAGAGCUUCAGCCAGUCCUCCCACCUGGUGCACCACAAGCGCACCCACAGCGCCGAGCGGCCCUACAAGUGCUCAGUCUGCGAGAAGGCCUUCAAGCACCGCUCCCACCUGGUGCGGCACAUGUACGCCCACUCGGGCGAGGCCCACCUCUUCCGCUGCAACGUCUGCGAGCUCCACUUCAAGGAGUCCUCGGAGCUGCUCCAGCACCCCUGCACGCCCAGCGGGGAGCGGCCCUUCCGCUGCGGGGCCUGCCCCAAGGCCUUCCGCCGGCCCUCCGACCUGCGCCAGCACGAGCGCACCCACAGCACCGAGCGGCCCUUCCAGUGCGACCUCUGCCAGAUGAGCUUCAAGCAGCAGUACGCCCUCAUGCGCCACCGCCGCACCCACAAAGCCCUGGUGGCCAUGGGAGGCGUGGCCAGCGUCGCCGGGGCCGGCAUCGCCGCUGCUGCUGCCGCCGCCGCCACUCCCUCCGGGGAGUCGGAGCUGCAGACGGGGCCCUUCAAGUGCUCCCUGUGCGAGAAGGGCUUCGUGCAGCCGGCCCACCUGCUCUACCACCAGCACGUCCACGGCAUCGAGAACCUCUUCAAGUGCAACGCCUGCCAGAAGGGCUUCAGCCAGUCCUCGGAGCUGCUGCGCCACCGCUGCGUCCAGAGUGCCGAGCGGCCCUUCAAGUGCGCCGCCUGCAGCAAGGCCUACAAGCGGGCCUCGGCCCUGCAGAAGCACCAGCUAACCUCCCACUGUGCCGAGAAGCCCCUCCGCUGCACCCUCUGCGAGCGGCGCUUCUUCUCCUCCUCCGAGUUCGUCCAGCACCGCUGCGACCCGGCCCGCGAGCGACCCCUCAAGUGCCCCGACUGCCAGAAGCGCUUCAAGUACGCCUCGGACCUGCAGCGCCACCGGCGGGUCCACACCGGGGAGAAGCCCUACAAGUGCCCCUCCUGCGAGAAGGCCUUCAAGCAGCGCGAGCACCUCAACAAGCACCACGGCGUCCACACCCGCGAGCAGCACUACAAGUGCAUGUGGUGCGGGGAGCGCUUCCUGGACUUGGGACUGCUGCAGGAACACAGCGCCCAGCACACCGCCACUGAGGCCGCCGCCUACCCCGUGGCCCCGUGCCUGCCCUGAGCCCACGGGAGCGCCGUCACCCACCUCAAGGCGUCCUUUAGAUCGACGGCAGGGGGAAGAUCGCGCUCCAAAGCCCUUUGAG